CCUCGCGCCUCCCCCUUAUCUUUCCCCAAUCUUUCCCAUCAAAUCAAGCCGUUAAAACCUCCCGGCUUGCUUUCAGAGAAGUCUCCUGCAGACGGAUGCCGAUUCUUGGAGACUCUAGGCCAGUCCUGGAGGAUGGGCAGCCUGCCGAUCUCUGGGGGACUCCCGAGAGCUGUGUGGCUAUUGUGGUUGUAAACAGCCCCACGUGUCUGCAUGCAGAGGGCUGUGAGAGGGUUGGCCUGACCCGAGUUCCUCUCGGUCUCUCAGCCUCAACCUGCAAUGGGUUUUUUUUUGUGUGUUUUUAAAACCCUGGCCUACAUUGCAGGGUUGUUGUAAGGCACUCUUGCUUAGCUCAGUUGCCCCCCUCUGCGGGGGACUACAUCACAGGGCUGUCAUGAGCUGCUAGCUCUUAGCUUGGCCCCUUGUAAUCUGCAUAUGGGUGUAUUAUCACUGUAAUACAUUCAGUGGCAGCGGCACCAGGAAAAAAUGAGUGGGGGCACAGAAGGCGCAUAGAGUGUUUCUGGGUGGGCGAGCCACGGCCUACAUGUUAGAUUUUUGAAACAGAAAUCAUAGUAUAUCUCCCAUUAUUUACACUGUCAUCCUGAACAUAUGUUCACUGAAAUAAAUCCUAUUGAGUUCAUAAAUGGGGAGGGGCAAGUUGGGAGUAAACAAUGCUUUGUGGGGGGGGGUGCUUGCCCACCCAUGCCCCCACUCUUGUCACCCUUUGGGGCUGUUUUUUGUUUGUUUGUUUGGUGGGAGGAAGGACCCUUGAACUAAACUCUGGCUUCUAGACUGCCUUGGAGAAAUUUGAGAAGAGGGGUGGGGAUGUCAUUGGGGAAACUUCCUUCUUCCUAUGGAAGGAAUUGUAGCUGCAGGAGAGGGCAAUUAAAAGGGGGCCUUUGGGGGAAGAAGAAAGGGGGAAGUCCACAAAAUGGAGGCAAACAGGAGACAGAAUCUCUGCUCCCCAAAUACACAGAAAAAUGGGCCUGCAGCUGCUCAUGGAGCGUCUUACCCGUGAAGAGGACAGAGGAUUUGUUUUCAUUCAAAGCCUAACCUUUUCCAUGAAGUCUUUGGAAAAAGACUUCAGAACUCAGCAGUUCCCAACUUCAGUCCCUAGAUGUUGCGGAACUACAACUCCCAUCAUCUCCAGCCACAAUGGCCUGCAGCCACUGAAGGGAUUCUUCAAGUCUGAGAACCCCUGCUGAAAAGGAUCAUUUAUUUCCUACAUUUAUACCCCACACAUCCUCUGUUCAUUUAACCCUGUACCAUCUAGGAUUGCCAACUCUAACUGAAGCCAUUCCUAGAAUUUCCCCUCAAUCUUUUCCACAAUAUCAAGCCAUUAACUUCUCUUGGAUUGCUUUUCAUGGUCACCUGGAGAUUGGUGGCGAUUCGCCUAUUCAGACAUUACAUAUACAGUCGUGCCUCGCCAACUGCGGGUUUUCCAGUCACUGUUUUAAGUAUCCGCGACUGGAAAAUCACGGCAGGUCUUGCCAACCACAACCCAAGUAUCCACAGUUUGAGAUAACUGCCUCCUAAGCGGUUUCCCCAAAGGCUGAGGCCUACAAGUUGUUGCUAGGAGACAGGCCCUGAGCAAAAACAGCCUGGCCUGCAGCUACAAGAGGAAGUAUAAAGAUGUAUGCAGAUAUUCUCUUCUUGAGUACAGAAUUGCCAUUUUUGCCCAUCCCCUUUGGAAAGGGAGCAACUCGCCUUUCAGUUCAGGAAUACAUCCGGGGGUGGCUUCAGACUGCAGGGUUCCUCGAACAAUUGCAGCUCUUCUGUUGCCAAGGAAAUCUCCAAUCCAGCAUCCUCCUCCUACAGUGCCAUAAGACCAGCCCAAAAGGAAAAAAACGGGUCUUUAAGUACGGGCUUUAAUCUUGGGAUCAACCUCUAAAAAGGAUUGUUGUUUGCACCCUAAUUUUCAUCUCGAGGGGUGGAGUCAAGAUGAAAGAACAAAAUUCUAUAGGUCUAGAAGCAGAACAAGAACCCGAAGGAGCAGGAAAAGUGUCAAGCAUAGUUCAGCCUAAAGUUAUGGCAGAGCGACCGGGAUGGAGGGCAUUGCGAGAGGGCAAACGGGAACCAGGCAAGGGGGUGCAGCAAUGCUGGGAAGCCCAAUGGCAGGAAUUUCUGAAGACGCUACAGGCUCCGCAGUUGGCAUGGGGGAACCCCCAGCUGUCAGACACCACACCAUGGGACGAUGCCAAGGCCUUUCUGGCCUCCUUUGAGCAAGUCGCCAAAGCUUGCCAGUGGCCUAGAGAAGAGUGGGUGGUCCGACUCUUGCCAGCACUUAGUGGAGAGGCAGAAGAGGCCUUCAGCCUCCUAGGAGCCAGAGAGAAGGAAGACUAUGGGAAAGUGAAGGCCGCCAUCUUGCAAGGAAACGCCAUUAGAAUGGAGAUGCAGCGCCAGCUUUUCAGGCAGUUCCGCUACCAGGAGAUGGAAGACCCGCAGAGGAUUUACAGCCAGCUCCAGGAGCUUUGCUGCCAAUGGCUGAAGCCAGAGAAGCACACGAAGGAGCAGAUCCUGGAGCUGCUGAUCCUGGAGCAGUUCCUGGCCAGCCUGCCGGUGGAACUCGAGAGCUGGAUCCGAGCAGGUGUGCCAGACAACUGUUCCCAGGCUGUGGCUCUGGUGGAGGAUUUUCUGAUGAGCCAGAGAGAGGCUGAAACAGGGAAAUGGCAGGGUACAUUGCAGGAGGAGUGUGUGAGUUCCCUGGAUGCAAAGGAGGAACCCUCGGGGGCUGCGCUGGGACAGAUCUACAAAGACGCUAAGCAGAAUAGUGAUGGGGAGAUCAGUUUGCUGGACAGUGGAAUCAAAUGCCGAAGUCAUUCCAGUCCAGUGCUUCCUCCCGAAGGUCAGGAAAUGGCUGCUGCUGGGUUGACUGAGGGACUAGUGAACUUCAAGGAGACAGAUGUGUCUUUGCACGUGGUGGAACGGACCCGGACACAAACAGGCCAACAGACCAUGUUUUGGCAAGUCCUGCAAGAGGAUGAUGGGAAUGUAGAUGCUUUGGAGGGACUUUUGGUUCCCAAACCCAACCUCACCUCCAGUGCAGAAAAAGAAGAGAUGUUCCACCAGUUGCCUGUUGAAUGUGAGAGACUCCCAAGCCAAGAUUCAAGUGACCGGAACAGAAGUCAUCUCAAAUUGGAAGAUUCUCAGAGUGGAGACGAGCCAGAGGGAACGCUGGAGAUAAUGGAAGGGAACGGACUAAUGACAGCUGAGAUGCAUGAGGAAAGAUGUGAUGAGAGGAGUAGUUGGAUCAAGAUGGAGAAGUUUGAUCCUGAAGAAGCAGGGCCAGAGAAGCCACACAUGACAAUAGCACCAAUCUCUCAGUGGAAUUUUCCUGGGACAUCCCGCAUUCAUGAGCAGAGGGAUGAGUCCAAAGGGCAACAGGAGAAGAAGACAGUAGGAAGAAAUAAUGGAUUCAGUGAGGAUGGAGAAGAUCUUACAGCUGCUGUGAGCAAAACCAGCCCAGAGCAGAGAGAAGGGAAAAAGCUCUUAUUUUCCAGGUUUGGAAAAAAAUACUGCUACAAAUCAGGACUCGCUAUGAUGCGUUCUGGAGAUAACUUUUCUGAAUGCCCCACAUUGAUGGAAAACAUCCAGGAAAAACAUUGCCUUGAUAAACAUCAAAGAAUCCACAUGGGCGAGAAACUAUACGAACUCAAGUGUGGGACAAGUUUCCAUCGGAAAGAUUAUUUGAUCCGACAUCAAAAUAGCCAUACAGGUGACGAGAAGAGAAGUUGGGUCAAGAUGGAGAACUCCCAGCAAGGACAGAUGGGGCUAAAGGAAAUGCACAGCACAUUGGCAGAAGUACCUCAGAGGUACAUUCCCAUGACAGCUGAAAUUCAUGAGCAAAGAUAUGAGUCCAAAGGGCAUCAGGGGAAGGAACCAGUGAAGGAGCAAGAUGACUGUAGUGAGCUUGCCGAAGGCCUUACUGCUGCUCUUAGUGACAUCUCCACAGUGCACAUGCAGGAAAAAGCGCCCUUGUUCUCCAAGUAUGGUCGAAGAUACCACUACAAAUCAGAACUUACUAUGCAUACCAGGGAGGACGACUGGGAAUAUCCUAUUCUGGAGGAAAACAUCAACAAGCAAAAAUCAUCCUUGAAUAAAAACCAGAGGAUUGAAACAGGAGAGCAGUCAUAUGACCUCUCCGAAUAUGGGAAAGGAAAUAAUUUCACUGAACAUCAGAGUGAGCAUAUGGAAGAGAAACCUUACCAUUCUCCUGAGUGUGAGAAGGGCUAUAGUUAUGAGUCAAUAAAGAUACACGAAAGAAUUCCUUCUGAAGGGAGACCAUAUGAAUGUUCUCAGUGUGGGAAAUGUUUCAGUCAGAGAGAAUAUUUGAUGAAUCAUCAGAAAAUUCAUACUGGAGAAAAGCUUCAUGAGUGUCCUGAGUGUGGGAAAAUUUUCACAUCUAGAGGAGGAUUAAUGAUACACCAGAGAAUCCAUACUGGAGAGAAACCAUACAGAUGUUCUCAGUGUGGGAAGUGCUUCCGUCGGAGGGAACAUUUGAAGAAACAUCAGAUAAUUCAUACUGGAGAGAAAUUGCAUGAAUGUCUUGAGUGUGGGAAAAGCUUCAGUCAGAGAGAACAUUUGAAGAAACAUCAGAGCAUCCACACGGGAGAGAAACCCUAUGAAUGUCCACAUUGUGGGAAAUGCUUCAGACACAAAGAUCAUCUGAUGAGUCAUCAGAGAAUUCACACUGGGGAGAAACCCUUCCGAUGCCCCGAGUGUGGGAGAAGCUUCUCCCGGAAAGAUAAGUUGAUUGAACAUCAGAGAACUCACAGAGAACAGAGACCUUACGAAUGCCCUGAGUGCAGGAAGAGUUUCAGUCUGAGAAAUACACUGAUUAGGCAUCAAAGAAUCCAUGAAAGACAUUGACGCAUGUCUAUUUUUUUGUCAGGAAUGACUUUUCUCAAGAAGUAAGUGAGGAAUAGUGGGCCAGCACCUAAACCUUACCCCAAGUUUCCUCCUAGCAGGUUUUGUUGCCACAGAUGUCAUUUCCGCCAUGCCUCUUGAUAAACAAUUGAGUGGUUAGUAAACAUCCCUCAUAGAGCAGGAUUUGGCAAUGGGGCUUUGAUGGCUGAACCCUAUUAUUAUUAUUUGAAGAUGUUGACUUAUACCCCCAAACCUUCAGAAAUAAUUUUUAUCUUGUCAGUAUCAAGUCUACAGGCUUGGGCUCCAGUCCAAUCCCCGCCCCCUAUCUAUUCCCAUAGGGCAGUUUCACGCAUCAUAUUGAGCCAGCAGUUGGGUCAGGGAGCCGCAGCUCCUGGAAUGUGCACGCACCCUACUUCCAGUGUUGGGAACAAUAAGCCAAGAUUGGGCGUGCCAUACCAACCCAUCAGUCUUGGCAUGUUCUUCCAUAUAUGAGGUACAGGAUCCAACAUCCUCACCUCACUUCAACUCUAAGGGACAGAUGGGCUUCCUACCACAAGUUGGGAAGAAUAUGCCGAGAGUGGGCACAUCACACAAACCCAUCAAUCUCGGCAUAUCAUUCCUGACACUGUAAGUAGCACAUAUGUGCAUUCCCGGGGCUCUGGUAACUUGGCUGAACCACUGACUUUCUGUGACAUGUGAAACUGCUCAUAGUUUUGAAUGUUUAGUGUUGGAUGGAGGGAGCUAUGUCAUAAAGGUCAACAUCAAAUCACAGUACAUGAGAUCCACCCAUUCAGUAAAAGGCUUCUACUAACUCUGCUGUGACUAUUAGGGGAGGGCCAGUUUCACCAAUCUCCUCUUCCCCAGAAAUGUCCAGAAACCAUGUCCCUGAUGGUCACGCAGCCUCAGGGACUUAUUUCAGGUGGCGCAGGACACUUCUGGAGGAAGGAGAGAUCAGCGAAAUAUGCCCCUGUGCACAAUCACUGGCAUGGCCGUGCCCCCACUCAGCCAGCCAAUCUGACUUGCACUAUUGGAAAGGAAGGGAGGGGGGAGGAAGCCUAAAGGCUUGGAGUGAGUAUUCAAGGAGCACAGGCGUUGCUUCCCACAUGCAGCCUUAGUCAGGGUGUUGGCCAGUGUAUUUCAUUUUGUUCUAUAGACCUGCUUCAGGCAUUGCCCAGGAUUUGUUUGUAGAAUAGACACGUUGUGAGUUGGCCCCUUCUUCUGUCAACAGGGAAGCAACAAAGUCAUAAGAAACAUAGGAAGCUGCCUUAUACCAUAUCAGACCACCUAGCUCAGUAUUGUCUACACUGACUGGCAGCAGCUCCGCAGGGUUUCAGGUAGGGGUCUCUCCCAGCUCUACCUGGAGAUGCCAGGGAUUGAACCUGGGAUGUUCUGCGUGCAAAGCAGAUGCCCUACCACAGAGAACAGCCAAGGUGAGCCAAUGGCAGCAGAGCUAGUGUUGGAAUUGAUGUGUGGGGCAAUCGUGAUGGGGAGCAUCAUCUAGGGAAGAGCCAGUUAGGGCUCUAGGGUUAGGUUAGCUCUGAGGCUAGUAGUAGCUCCCAGUCUUAGCUGAAGUAGCUCUCCAAGCCUUUGGGCUUCACCUUCCCUUCCUGCCAACACCACAAAGCUGAUUAGCUGGCUGUGUAGGGGCAUGUGUAGCCCUGACAUUUUGAAUUUCUUUGGACACCCAGGGUUGCUUUUAUUUUCUCCUGUUCAUUUCUCUCCAGUUUCUUGCCCCACAAGACAGCUUGUCUUGCUCCCUUGAAGUCCUGCAGCAAAAUUAUCCUGGAAGAUGCUAGCAACUCUAGCCCACUUAGCUAAUUAGAAUGGAAGCCUACAGGCAAGGAAUCCCUCUCUUUUCACUCUGUAAAGCUCAUGGAUUCUCUAGGCACUGAGUGAUAGUUUUCAUCAAUAAAUUAGAAUUCCUAAACAUGGAA